GCGCAGCGAGAAAACAUAUGUCACAAUUUAAACUCUUUUAUAGAGGAUAAUGUCAUAUAACCAUUGCCUCAGUUCCAGCCUGGAAAUAUUAUUAAACUGUGUGAAAACGCCAGAGAGACACAUUCAACAUCCACAAACUGAACUUAGUGCAGUACUACGCAGAGCAUCGGCGCUGCGUGUUGCCAUUGACAACUGAGUCUGGAACAAACCCCAAUGUCACAGCAGCGUUCACGUGACAAGGAAAAACUAACGCGCGGCACUUAGUUACCCAAACACUUUCUUCACAUUGAUGAAGGGUGCUAAUGGCAUAAAACUAUGGUAAAUUAUUGGUCUUUGUUGCUUUUAUUUCAAAUGGGAUGCUGUUGUUCUAUAGUUCUGUACACUAGUGGCCUGAUUUAAUAUAAUGCAAAGUAACGCCAGAAAACCAGAUCCAGUAAGACCCCGACUAAGCAGUGUCAGUUCUGGUGGUGAAACAAAACAAGUCCGCAAAGUUCACACCAGAAAGGUUCCUUACAGAGUUGGAUACAGCUGGAACAAAGGUGGAAGACUCAAGGAGCUGAGAAUAAGGCACUUGGCAAGGAAGUUCCUGAAGAUAUGGAUGCAGAAUACCUUUGGCCGAAUUCUCCCCCAUAAAGCCAAGUCCCACUAUAACAGCGUGGUCUUGAGACGAGCCUUUGAAGGAUGGAGAGACGAGUGGUGGAUGUCCAGGAGGGAGUGGGGUCUUACAAUGCGGGCAGAGUGUCACUACAGGUAUUAUCUGUAUAAUUUGGCAUUCCAUAGCUGGCGAACUUUUACGUCAUUGCAGAUGCAAAAGAAGAGCAAAGUCCAAAAUGCUCAAUCAUUUGCUGACAGGCAACGGAUGCGUCUGGUUUGGGACAGAUGGGAGGUUUUCACAGAGAUGAGGCGAAUGAAGAGCAGAAUGCUUGAAUCUGCCCUUGAGCAGAACAGACUUGCAACUCUGCAUUCAGCAUGGAGCUUGUGGCAGACUAGGCUGCAGCAGCAACAAGACUUUUACACUUUAGAGGACCAAGCUCUGAAACAGAGGGCGCUAACUUUGCAGAGCAGGACUUGGCUUCAGUGGAAAGAAAUGCACACAACUGCUUGUUGCCAGAAAGAGAAAGAAUCCAAAGCUGUACUUCACUUCAUCCUCAGACUGAAAAGAAAAACAUUACAUUGUUGGAAAACAUAUGUGUUUUGUCUCCAAACCAAGAAAAAGUCACAAGCUGUGGCUCAGCGUGCCUGCCAUCUCCGCCUGGUGAUAAUGUGUUGGAGUAAAUGGAGCAGCGCGUUGCAUUGCAAACGGAGCGAGGAGGACCGUUUGCAAGCUGCGGGGCAUUUGGCUGUACAGAGCACCCAACGCAGAGCACUGGAGCGCUGGAGAGCUUUAGAUGUGAUGUUGUGCAGAGAAGAGGCUCAAAAAAACAGGAUUGCAACUCAACAUUAUCAUCAUCAUCUACUGCGUGCUGGAUCACAGGGACUUUGUCUUAACGUCAUCUGGAACAAAACACACCGACUGAACAACAACAUGGCUGUCCAACAUCAUCAUCAAACUAUGACAAAUAAGUAUUGGAAGCUGUGGCAGGACUGUCUGGAGGAGGCUGAAGACAAGAGUUUUCAACCCCUAACAGAAAUGGCACUGACUAAACACAGCACAUCCCUGUUGAGCAGCUGUUUCCACCACUGGAGAGAGAAACUUGCUGAACAAAGGCACAUGCAGGAAUUGGAGCAUCGUGCAGACAUUUGGUUUGCUGAACACAUGUUGCCUUGGUGUUUCAACUCAUGGGUUGAGUUUACUCUGCAGAGAAGACUCCGUAAACAGAGGAGCCACAAGGCAAAAGUCUACAAUCAGCAACGUCAGCACUCUUGGGUGUUUUACACCUGGUGGGCACGAUCGGAGAAGCACAAGGAGCAGAUGCUUUCUGAGCGGAUGGCAAUUCUACACGAGGAGCGCUGCCACUUGCAGAGAGCCUGGGGUCACUGGAGGCAGCGGACAGAGCAGCAAAUCAAUGAGGAGGAGAAACAGGAGGCUUCAGACCGUCUGUACCUACGCAGAUUGAUCCACAAGACGAUGACACAGUGGAGGGACAACAGCACUGAGAUACGAGACAGGAGAAAUCGAGAGCAACAGGCUUGUCAUCAGGGUGACCUGCGCUGCAUGAGAUGGGCUGUGGAAAAAUGGAAAAAGUUUGUUCAGAGCCAGCGAGUGAAGAAAAGCAGACUGAAGCAGAUGCAGCGUUACCAUGAAGUUAAACUUGUCAAACACACAUUUGUGGCCUGGAAGAAACACCACUUACAGAUGUCUCAGAUCUGUGGUCAUGCAGAGGAACUUUACAGACAACAAAAACAGAACUUUCUCAGGAAGGUUCUCUCUGUUUGGAGGGAGAACGCAGUGCUGCUGACAGAGGUCAGGCUCGUGGAGCGACGAGCACAGAGCCACUUUCAGCAUUUCCUUCAGCUUAAGGUGUUUCUUGCUUGGAGAGAAUCAACAACAUGUGCAGUGUCAAAGCGCCACCAGCAGGGGGAAGCAGUCAGCAGGGCUCAGAGGUCCAUAAGCCAAGUGCGGCUGCUGCGAUCUUUCAGACAAUGGAGGAAGCAAACCAGGGAGGCUUGGAGAGAGAGGAUAUGCAUGGAAAAAGCCAGACAGCGCCAUGAGUCCAACAUCCUUUCUAAAGCACUGAAAGCAUGGAAUAAACAUCACUACCAGUAUCAGAAAAAUAAGGUUAUGAAACGACAGGGACUCUUUUUGCUGAGAUUAAAGAUGUACCAGACAUACUUUGAACAGUGGAAAAUGAAGCUGCAGUACAGACAGAGAGAAGCUAAGCAGACAGAGCGAGCGCUCUGGCACUGGUCCCUCACUCUUCAGGCCAAGGUGUUGUACGGAUGGAGGCUGUGGGUCACGGAGCAGCGCAGGAAACACGAGCAGGCGGCCAGAGCUGCACAGGUCUACAGAGACCAGCUGCUGAGGGAGGGCGUGACAUGCAUCCUCACAUACGCUGCUCACAUGAAUGAUCUCACAACGAGCCUAACGCAACACAGCCAAGAGCAGUCUGUCCUGCAGAGGUCGCGACAUCUCCAGAGGGUGGUUAAGCGUUGUGCUAUGCGGUGGAAGCAGCGGGUGCUGUGUAAACCCCAAAGAGAGCAAGAGGUCAAAAGGCAACCGCUGAAAAAGAGUGUGACCUUCUGUUUGACUACACCUGGAUUGAAGAGUGUUUCUCCGUCUGACUCAGUGGAGCAGGAAGCUGAGGAUGGAGUGCUUAGCGAGCUACUGCUCAGCCGCACCUCUCGACGUCAGCCACGUCGCUGCGAGGAACUGUUAGAGUCUCCACUGAAAAUAAACACCCCAAAGCAGUCUGCCGUCACCAGCACCAGUUGUCUUUCACAGGAAGGCCGUCCUACAGUGUUGUCCUGCCGCCACCCUGCUAAAGUCCCUGUUACCUCCACACACCAGAGCAUCAUCAUACCUAAUGUGUCACCCUCUGACCCUCACAUGUCCACUAUGGACUCUCCUCAGGAAAACCAAGACGUUCUUUUACCCCCCUCUGCUUUCAUGACCACCAAGCCUGAAGAUUCAUUGGGGAAGACCAGCAGCUCAGGUUCUGGAGAUGCUCCACUUGUUCCUUCCUUUAAACAACACUCACCAGCUUCUCCAGCAUCAAGUGGAGUAACUGUAGAAGAUGCAGCGAUGGAUCCAACUUCAAAUCUGACCAGAAAGCUGCUCAGCAUCCAGCUGGACAUGAAGACAUACCAAGAGGACAGGAAGCAGCUCCGGGCAUGGCAAAAACUGAAAGAGGUAUUACAAAGUUGGCUGCAGACCAGCGGAAAGGAUGAACAAAUGGAAAAAAAUGCUGUUUGUCAAGAGUUGAAGGAGUUGGAGGAGCGCAUCGACAGACUGUCCACUGAACUGGCAAAACGGAAACCAGCGAUGCUGCUGCAUGCAGAGAGGAUCCAGCAUUUACAGACUGUCCUCGCAGAUCACGCUGUGUUUACAACAUGACAGGAAAUAGUUAAGUCGUCACACCCGAUUACACCUGCUGAUUGUUCGGACUGUUGACACAAGAAUUGAAAAAGAAAACUGUUCACCAGCUGAUACAUCUUUUGCUAUAAGCUUGCUUUUUUUUUAGAUUGAACAUUUAUACCUCUACUGCACUCGGCUUGUGAGGGAAUAAAAGGAUAUGUUAAUAUGUGUUCUUGUUGAAUAUCAUGUAAUUUGACUGAGCAUAUCCAAAAACAUUAAAGUCAAGUUCCUUACAGCAGCUUUCACUGCUACAUCUACACUUAAAAUCUGCGAAAACUUUGGCUAGGGGUCGUCCUUGUGACAGAUGGUGCUGAAUAUUUUCCAUAUGUGUGAAAAAAAGUAACUUUGCUAUUUUCAGAGGACCUGCCUUUGUGCAAUGUGUUUCUAUUUAUCCGUUAGUACCAGAGCCUCUUAUGCUUUGGAAAAUCUAUGCAGGAGUAUCGGGGAAAGGAAAUAGAAAGGCCAGCUGUCUGUUGUGCUCUGCAGACUACAGACAGAUUUGAUCUACAACAGGGCAGAAUGCGAGGACUUUAUGCCAUUUUACUCUUUUUCAUCUUUGUCUGCUGCAUCAGGGGUAAGAUAUGUUACUGAACUAGUUUAUUUACUUAAAUUGUUAAGUUAUUUUAUGUUCAUAUUCAAUCAAUUGUACUGUUGAAUGUUCUAAGUCUUUUUAUUCGUUUUACAUGUUUGCUUUUGGUUGUUAUGGCAAGAUUGUUGCUCUCUUUUUGGAGCUUUUUGUUGACAUUAUUAAAACUGAUUUAAACAUUA